AUGUUGCAGAAUAGUUUCCUGGCUGAAUCAGCUGCAGAGUUGCAGCGCUCCCCAGCUCGCUUUCGAAUUUGCUUCAGCGGAAAAGAGGUUGCGCUCUGCCUCUACGUAGUGAUCAGCGGAAAUGACUCGGUCGUCAAGUCUGUCUCACGUCAGCGCCUGGAUGGACCGGACGGUCCGAUCGACUUCCCAUACGCAUUUUCGUCGGUUCUGUUUCUGAGUGCCUGCUUUUCAGUCCUGAUUGGCGGCUUUGCUGCCUUUUGCUUUGAGGGUAGACGCGGCCUCGAGAGAUGCUGGGACCUGCCAGCAUUCCGUGACUUUGCGCCCGUGAACGCGCUCUUCCAGCUUGCGGCCAUAUUGAAGUUUGUGUCUUUGCGGUAUCUGGCUGCAGAUGUUGUCCAGCUGCUCUCGCAGCUGAGCCUGGUCCUCGUUCCCCUGGUUGCCCGGGUCAUCCUAGACAAGCGCUAUUCAUGUUUGGAAUGGAUGGCGUUGGGAAUGAUCUGCUGGUCCAUGGUUGUCUAUCUGACAAGCAAGGGGGAGAUGGGCCAGGAAGGGUCGCAGAAUGUCCUUUACGGGAUUGGUGUGACCUUUGCGAUGUGCCUGAUUGAGUCUGCAGCCACGGUCUGCGCAGAGAAGUACUUCAAGGCCCUGCGGCGCAACGAGGCAUGCCCCUUUCACAUCCAGAAGGUGCACGUUGACGUUUCGGGCGUGCUUUUCACUGGCUUGUGGACCUACGUCUUGGAGCCUUUUGUCAUUCGGGACUUGGACUUGUCCUGCAAGCCGGGACGUUGCCGGCACGUCAUCGACAACGGCCUACUCAGCGGUUGGGACCUGAAGACGGUGGCCGUGCUUGCCAUCGUCGUCGCAAAGGCAUGGCUGGCGGGGCUGGUGGCCAAGCAUCUGGACUCGGUGCUGAAGCAGGCGGGCUCCUGCCUGGCCGUGGUCUUGACAUACAUCGAGGUCACAUUGUGGCUGAACCCUGCAACGCCAGAUGCUGCGCAGGCAGCGAGCCUGGUGCUGGUGGUGCUAGCCACUUCCAGCUUCGUGGUGAGUCAGGGUGCAAACAGUGAGAAUGCAGCCGAUGCCGCCUGCGAAGAAGGGGUGUGUGUGACUUGCGGAGCCUCUUCGGAGGCGUCACCCAGGCUUACUGCGAUUUCAAAAGGUUCGGGUGCGUCUGGCCCAAUCAGAGUCUCCGGACGUAGCAGAGUCUCAGGACGCAGUACAGGACCGGAGACCGCCAGCAUCUGCAGCGCUUUCGGCGCUUCCCCCCGCGUUUCAAAAGUCCUGAGCAACGAUCGCUUCUUGCUGAGCCUCCCUGAGCUGCAACAAGUUCAAGUUCGUGUGGACAGUCCGCAUCUGGAUCUGGAUCCUCACAUGGACACCUCCUGCUAUAGUCAACCUGCGAUGGCCUUGGCUGAGCUUGCCAACCCCCCUGGAAAUCGUUUCAAGGCAUGCAGCAUGUAG